AUGCCUAGCCACCAUCAAGAGAAGCGGCUCAUCAUUAUUGGGUGCGGCAUAGCAGGUAUCGCACUUGCGUGCCGGCUCCGCUCUGACCUCAAGUACACCAACUUUACCAUCUUCGAACGUGAGAAAGACCUUGGAGGAACAUGGUUUCUCAAUACCUACCCCGGUGUAGGAUGCGAUGUCGACUCCCAUCUUUACUCGUUUUCUUUCAACCCGAAUCCAGAUUGGUCUAAGCGGUUCGCCGAGCAGGCGGAGAUUCUGGAAUACCUGAACAACACCGUCGAUAAAUUCGGCGUGCGCCAGCACGUUGAGCUUGGUGUCGAGGUUGUGGAGGCUGAGUGGAACGUCAAAAAGUCGCUCUGGGUCGUGGGCCUUCGCGAUCUUGCUACGGGCCAUGAGUUUACACAAGAAGCCGAGAUGCUGGUCUCGGCGGUCGGAACCAUCUCUAUCCCCAAGGACUGUACAAUUCCUGGUCAUGAGAAUUACAAGGGAGAGAUAUUCCACUCGGCUCGAUGGAAUCAUGCCUUCGAUAUGAAGAAUAAGAACGUUGCCGUGGUUGGCAAUGGCUGCUCUGGAGCCCAGCUUAUGCCCUAUGUUGCCCAGACUGCUGCAAAGGUCGUCCAGUUCCAAAGAUCACCGCAGUGGAUCAACGAGCGGCCAAACUGGGAGUUCUCCUCCUUCCAGAAGUGGUGCUUCCGCUAUCUGCCACUGUAUCAAAGACUCUACCGCUUCAAGCUUUGGAAGACAACGGACGACCUCCAUACGCUAUAUCUGACCGGAUCUGCCUCGUCUGAGGCUGCUCGCGAAGAGGCGACCAAAGGUGCUGAGAAGUAUAUGCGCAAGAUGGCCCCUGCCAAGUUUCAAGACAUUCUCAUCCCAAAGUUCCCGCUCGGCUGCAAGCGUCGUAUCUUUGACCCAGGCUACCUGGAGGCACUACACAACCCCAACGUCGAGCUUACUGACGAGCCGAUUCGGAGAUUUUCAGAGACCGGCUUGGUCACGGACAGCCGGCACAUCGACGUCAACGCAGUCAUCCUCAGCACAGGCUUCAAGAUUCAGGAGUUCCUCACUCCCAUAACUGUACGAGGGUCAAGUGGCCAGACACUCAAUGAGCAUUGGGAGGAUACCCGAGGAGCCCAGGCAUACCGUGCAACCUUCGUUUCAGGUUUUCCCAACUUUGGCAUCAUCUUCGGGCCGAACGCCUUCCCUGCUCACAAUUCCGUCAUUUACACGAAUGAAACCCAGGCCGAGUACAUUAUCAAGACGGUGAUUAGUCCGGUGGUUGGCGGAUGUUUUGAUGUUAUUGAUGUUAAGCAGGCGGCAGAAUACCAGAAUGCCAAUUUCGUGCAAUCCAAGCUGAAGCAGAUGGUCUGGAGCUCAGGAUGCUCCAACUGGAACCUCGACGCUGCGGGGCGCAACACCACCAACUACCAUGAUCCUACGUGGAAGUUCUGGUAUGAGCUCUUCUGGCCCGUUUGGUCCGACUUUAAUCUCGUGGGUGGCUCGGGGUCCCUUCCAAUGAGCCCAAUGACCAAGGUCGGGUUGUGGGCUGUGGCUGGUCUGGCUCUUCAAGCCGUGUUGGUGAUAUGGCAGCCUCAAAUUCCCAUUGUUACAAGUCUUCGUUCCGUAUGGUACCAAAAUUAA